CAGCAAUUGGACCGACACAACAACAACCAAAUCAUACUUUACAUUUGCGCAUCUCUUAUUUAACCACACACCUGUGAGAGUAUAUAGGAACAUAUACCAUUACUAUGGCUCUGAAGUUAGGACAUGGCGUGAUGAUACUAGUUAUUAUAAGUGCUUCAAUGUUUUCAGUGAGCAUGGCCAACAAGGAUUGGUCCUUUGGUUUCAACUACACUGAUUGGUGGUCUAGAUUCGGAAAUCAUCCUCAGAACAAAACACAGCAACAACCCAAGCAAAUUGUCGUGGGUGGUUCUGAGCAUUGGCACUACGGAUUCAACUACACCGAUUGGGCAUUCAAGAGUGCCCCAUUUUACCUCAAUGAUACUCUAGUUUUCAAAUAUGAUGCUCCAAAUGCCACCAGUUUCCCACACAGUGUGUACAUGUUCAAAAGUUUUGGGAGCUUCUUGAAGUGUGACAUUGAAAAGGCUAAAAUGCUAGCAAAUCCCAUGCAAGGUACAGGAGAGGGCUUCAAGUUUGUGUUGAAGAGGUGGAAGCCUCACUACUUUGCCUGUGGUGAGCGAAACGGCUUCCAUUGCAACAACGGCACCAUGAAGUUCGCUGUGAUGCCAAUGAUUCGUCCCUUCUGGCAGUGGCCUUGAGAAAAUUGCACCCACCCUCUUACAGCUUGUUAUAUUUUUGUUUUUCUUAUGUUUUGUCUGAAGAUUUUGGCAAAUAAAGCUGUAGUUUCAGAUUGAUUGAUUUUGAUCAAUUUAAUGAUACUACUUUUUAGUGUUGUAAUGCAAUUAAUCUAAUAUAUUGAUGAAAGCUCAUAAGGAGAACAAGCACGUUGAGGUUGCAGCUUGUUUUUUUUUUUAACAAGACCUGUUAAACAAAUGUGACUAUAUAUCAUGAUGAGAUACCCAAGUGUAUUUUGUUAA